CGGACUGAGAGCUGGGUGCGAUUUCUACAGGAAAUACUUUCACAGACGGCCGUUUGUUUGUAAAGGGCUGCCAUUUUACCGAGCUUACGGAAAGGACAGCUGAGGAAAAUGAAAGAUCAAGUGGUUCAGCUCCUAUCCAGCUCAUACCCUGAGCAUUUACUUGGGGCGAUGUGGAAAUUAAGAGUCACGGGGAACCUGUGUGAUAUCACAGUGCAAGUGGAUUUUCACGGGGAACUGGAAGAAUUUGUGGCCCACCAAAUAGUACUUGCUGCAUCCAGUGGCUAUUUUAAGACCCUCCUGUUAACCCAGGAGCGAGUGGAAAAAUUAUUCCUAAAUACUAUUUCACCUGACAGCUUUACCAAAUUCUUAGAGUAUGUGUAUUCUGGGAAAAUAGAAGUUGAGGAGAGCUGUCUUGACCGCAUUUUAAACAUGGCAAAGCUACUGGACUGCCAAGACCUAGUGGAAGCCUGUAAUACCAAACUUAAUCAUAAAUCUGAAAGUGCCAGUGCCUGCAAAGGAAAACUACUGAAGGAGAGGUCAAAAAAGGCUGUCAAGAGAGCGUUAGAUAAAAGGAAAAAACUUCAAAUUACACUGAAAACCAUAAGCACUGAGAGAGGGGAAAAAAUAGUACUCCAGGGCAGGAGGAGCAGCAGGUUAGCAGGCCGCAGAGUUGUUGUAGACUUCAACAAGAAGAAGCCGUACCACAAAGCAGUAUUUCCACCUGAGGCUUCUGACUCCUUAAAUCAAAACAAAUCCGAGGCACCACAUGAGAUCUCAGUAGAGAUCGGAGAAGCCGAGUCAGAUGUUACUACUGAUCCAGAUUUAACCCAGAAGGAGGCUGUCGCUGACAGUGGCUCUGAAUCGCCAUGCACUUUGAACCGUGACAUGUCAGAAGAAGAGUUUCAAGAAUCUGACUUCAUACCCACUGCUGCAGACGAAAAGGAAUGCAAACCAGUUAGCACCAAGUAUAAUUGUGACCGGUGUAUCCGUUCGUUUCGCUAUGAAAAGAGCUAUUUAAAGCAUGUUAAGGUUAGUCAUGGGAUCCACACUGACACGACGUACCGCUGCGGCAUCUGCCAGCAGACCUUUGCCAACCGCUGCAACCUGAAGAUUCAUGAGCGGCACGUGCACAAUGAUGAGAGGCUCUUUCUUUGUGGCAUGUGUGGUAAGGCCUUCAAACGCAAAAAAGAUGUGACGAGACACAUGAGGCAGGUGCAUGAGGGCGGAACCGAGCGACACUACUGUCUGAUUUGUGGCAAAUCUCUGAGUUCAAGGACGGCUCUGACUCUGCACGAGAGGACACACACGGGAGACAAACCAUACAACUGCGAUCAGUGUGGAGCCCGCUUCUCCCAGAGCUCAGCACUCAAGACACACCAGAGAAUCCACACUGGAGAGAAGCCUUUUGCUUGUGAUCUGUGUAAUGCCAGGUUUACACAGAACCACAUGCUGGCUUACCAUAAGCGAUCCCACACAGGGGAGAAGCCCUAUAUGUGUGAAAACUGUGGGAAAAGCUUUGCCUCUAAAGAAUACCUGAAACAUCAUGCAAGAAUCCAUUCAGGCUUGAAGCCAUACAAGUGUGAAAACUGUGGAAGAGCAUUUGCACAGCGCAACUCACUUCAUCAACAUAUGAAAAUUCACACAGGUGAGAGGCCUUAUCACUGUCAAGACUGUAAUAAGCAGUUCACCCAGCUCAAUGCUCUUCAGAGGCAUCAGAGGAUCCAUACAGGAGAGAAACCGUACAUGUGCAGCAUGUGUGGCCGAACGUUUACAGACAAAUCUACUGUCCGCCGACACACUUUGACCCACGACAAAGACACACCUUGGAAGAAUUACCUUGUUGUGUUGGAGGGUAAUGUAGAGGAACGUGUUAAGAAGCAAAAAGGUUCGUCUGUAAGGAAGGAGAAGGCAAAAGUGAAUGCAGAUGAACAUCAGGCAACGGAGGAUCAAACAGACACUAAAAACCAGGAGACUGUGUCUGUGCCAGAGGAGCCAGUGACCAUCUCUGGAGAAUGGCCUGACCCUGGCACCAUCACUGUGGUCAGUCAUGGAACACUGGGCAACCUGACUGUGAUCCAGACCGAGGUGGCGCCUGGUACACAACUACAGCCCAUCGUCACUGCAGACGGAGCCAGUGUCAUUUCGCUGGAGAGCUCCACUGUCAGCAUUCCUGUUGCUCUGCCUUUCUCCAUUCCUCUCUCGGUUGCACAUUCCAUCUCUGGCUCAGCCUCGCUGACCGGCACGGUCGCGCUCAGUGAACCAGCCACUGUUUCUAAUACCAUCUUGGCUUCAGCAACUUCAGAAGCACCUGUAGCAGCAGUCCCAGAAAGCAUUCUCUCUCCAGUCGAAGUCCGUUUAUCUACACCGCGUGAAUGUGUAACCGCACCGUCAGAGGUGGAGCAGGUUCAGGAGGCACGGCAGUCAAAACUUACAGGAGGGAACAGUUGAGCACGUACAGAAAACAGUAGUUUAAGGCUUUCAGCGUACAUGAUCUCUACACUAUCAAUUAGGUGUUUAAUGGUUUUCUUCUAAUAUAGUAAUGCCUAAUUGUAUAGAAAAUUAUGUUGUUCAGAAACAACAUUCCUUUUCUCUUAAUGGGACAAUUAAGCUGUUUCUUUGACCGAUCAGUUUUUCAGUAGAACCAAUUAAAUGGUACAGUAAGACUGGGGCUAUCAGACACGCCCUAAAAUAAUUGUUUGGGCUUUAUGUUGUGUGGCUUAAAGAUCUUGAAGACACUACCAGUGGGUUUUUAAAAUAAUGUCAUGUGAUAAUGUUUCAUGUGGCUGGCAGUCGAUCAUAUUGUAUAUCCAUUGCACAAACAGAUCAAUAAAUUGGAAGUUAAUGAAA